AUGUGUGACUCUGUUCUUCUGGGAGUGGUGUUGGCGUCUCUGCUAGUGUACACCACUCUAGCCCAGGACGAGUAUGCCACCGCCACAACAGCUACCACCACAGAUCUGACAGACACGGAGACGGGCACCUUUUCCAACCAGACGACGGAUAUAAUGGACAUGACCCCUUUCACGUACACCCCUUCCCCGACCCCAGAGGUGGUGGACGACACCCUUCUCUUCACCCUGAGCUUCGCCACCCCGUCCCCGUCCCCGAGCUCUUCGCCAACCCCCCUCCCAACAACCACUGAGGUGGAAGUGGUGGAGGAGGACACGGUCCCAACCACAGGCAUGCGUUGCCAAGGCUACUACGACGUGAUGGGCCAGUGGGACCCCCCGUUCAACUGCACGGCGGGCGUCUUCCUCUACUGCUGCGGCACCUGCUUCUACCGCUUCUGCUGCCAGUUCCGCGGCCAGCGGCUGGACCAGACGUCCUGCUCCAACUACGACACGCCGCUCUGGGCCAACACGGGCAAGCCCGUCAUCACCGCCACGCAGGGCCUGGACGUGGAGCGAGACCGCACCCACAUGAUCGUCUACAUCAUCUGCGGCGUGGUGGCCAUCAUGGUGCUGGUGGGGAUCUUCACCAAGCUGGGCCUGGAGAGGAGGAGGGGGGCCGGGCAGAACGACCUGAGCAACACCAGGACCCUGCAGGAGCUCCUGAAGCAGCCGGGUCUGGAGGUCAGCUCCCUGGACAGCAGAGGAAACCACAACCCCUCACACGGAGCCAACGGGGCAGCCCGCAUGCUACGCAGCCGCAGUGAGCAACACCAUCUGAACAGUACGGCGUAUCCGUUCGGACCCAGCAUGGGACUCCCCCAUCACCACAGCAACCUCAGCAUGCAGGGCCUCAACAAGUACACCUCCCUCAAGGCCGUGGCCGACACGGCCACCAGGAGCUACUACAAGAGCUUCCCCCUGAUGGACUUCUCUCACUACCAGACCCCCCAGCAGCAGCCGCCGCAGCAGACCACCCAGCCCCAGCCCACCACCCACCAGCCCACCAGCAUCCACCACGACCUCCACCACCACAACGUCCACGCCCCGCUCUCCAUCGCCAUCCCCCCGCCGCCGCUGCACCUGGAGCGGGCUCGGUUGCCCAAGACCACCACCCACCCGGCGCUGUCCAGCUCGGCCUUCCGGGCCUGGGACACCUCCGGCAUUACCUCCUCCGCCGCACUGGGGGGCGCUAACCACAGCAGCAGCAGCAGCAGGGGCCAUAACGUCUACAGGCAGACGUCGCACCCGGGGCAGCAGACGUCGCACCCGGGGCAGCACUCGCGCCGGCAGACGUACUCCAGCAGGAGGCAGUACAGCAUAGAGGCCUUGCACGACUUGUUUCCUCACUCGCUCAGCUAUGGCAGCCACCUGUCCUCCGCCGCCUCCUCCUCCCACCAUAACCACCACCCACACCUGUCCUCGUAUCAUCCCCAGCACCACCACCAGUCCCACUCCAGCACCAAGGGCUACACCAAUAGCAAGACGGAGGUCACCGUUUGA